ACGUUUGAAGAAAUCCAGUGAGUAAAGAUAAAAUCUUGUAUUUUUCAUGGUUUAUUUCUGUUAAAAGGAAAAUCUUUAUUAAGCAUUUUUAAAAUUAGCGCAAGCUGUUGAUCUUUAAUGACCUAAUUAAUAUUUUGUAGUUAUUUUGGUCGUAAAUAUUAUUCUUUUUUCUUAAUAACAAGUUAUUGUGUAACAAAAUGUAUGCAUAUUCGUAGUGAUAUGUAUAUCCUCUUAAGAACCCGGCGUCUAUUAAAUUGGGCAAAGCUUGGUAUAGUUUUAACUCUCUCAAUCAUUUAAAUAAUAAUUUAUGAGUAUUUUUUCUAUUUAUAUAUUUUUACAAAGCAAUUGUCUAUGUAAAGAUAUAUUUGUAUAUGUGAUUAUCUCCACCUUUGUUGGUCGGUUUACUUUCGUUGGUAAAGUGAUUAAUUACAAACAAAAAUCAUAAGAAAGAUUUCCUAUUUUGGUAAUAUAAACGGGCAAUGGCACCACAAUUAACAAAACCAGCUCCUGACUUUGAGGGGACAGCUGUUAUUAACGGCGCUUUCAAACAAAUAAAACUAAGUGAUUAUAAAAACAAGUACUUAGUUUUGUUCUUCUAUCCAUUGGACUUCACAUUUGUCUGCCCAACAGAAAUAAUUUUAUUCAGUGACAGAAUUGAAGAGUUUAAAAGAAUCAAUUGCGAAGUCGUCGCUUGCUCGACUGACAGUCAUUUCAGUCAUUUAGCCUGGAUUAACACCCCACGGAAAGAUGGUGGUUUAGGCAAAAUGAACAUUCCACUGUUAGCAGAUAAAAACGCAAAAAUAUCUAAAGACUAUGGAGUAUAUGAAGAAACUCAAGGAAUUCCAUUCAGAGGUCUAUUCAUAAUUGAUGAAAAAGGUACACUUCGACAGAUUACAAUAAAUGAUUUGCCAGUCGGAAGAUCUGUAGAUGAAACACUACGACUAGUUCAAGCUUUUCAAUUUACAGAUAAGCAUGGUGAAGUUUGUCCAGCUAACUGGAAACCUGGAGACAAAUCAAUGAAGCCUGACCCAGAUGGUAGCAAAGAAUAUUUCAAGAAUAAUUAAUGUCAUAUUUAAAAGCAGAGAGCAUACCAAAACUAGAUUAAAAGAAUCUAUUUGUAAAGGGAUUACUAAUAAAAGCAAAUUCAUUCAAUUUUUAAAAUAAACAUAUAAGAAAAAAAGUA